UCCUUCUUGUGAGUUGUAACCAAGACCGGGUCUAAUGCUUUUCUUGUUCCGAUGAAACUAACCUGAAAAAACAAAAAUAUUGAGAAGGAAAUUGAAAGCCAGCUAGAGCAAUGUAUAUACAUCAAUAAAAUAACAGAUUUUCGUUUCGUCGUUCUUUUCUUCCCUUUUCCCCAUAAGUUUUCCUUUUGGAGAUCAUGCCAUUUGGUUCUUUUUAUCCAUUUUUUUUAGAUUAGAGAAUUUAUUAGAAAAAAAAAAUCAUUCCCUUGCAGCCUUUCCAGGAGGAGGUUCUUUAGAAAUUAGAAUUAUCUGCUGGAAAUAUUAUUGGGCUUAUAAUCCUUAGCCAUAAGGGUUCAUUUCGAUCUCUGGAUUACUUUUGCAUUCCAAGUGUUUGUUGUAAUGUCUCAAUUUGAAAUGUUUCCCAUUUCACUAGAUUUAUCAAGACAAGUUCACAUAACAUAGAAUUUUCAUUACUCUUGUUAAAAACACUAAUGAUCAUCCAUUAUUAUCCUCAAUAGCCAAAUCUGUAUAGAAAAACAUAAGUCUUAGAACACAUUCAAGGAAAAUUAGAGAGGGAAAAACAAAAUGAGAGACACUUCACCAGAAAGCAGAGGUUGUGGUUUGCUAUCAUCAUUGCUUCGCAGGCGCGGCUCAUCUAGGAGCAAAACUGAAAGAUAUUCUGGUAAUGAUGAUGCUCAUAAUCAUGGGAAGCAACCAUCAAAAGCCAAAGAUUCAAAACGGCCCCGGAGUGAUGUCUCCGAUGAUGCCCGAAGAUCUGCUUCUUCUGCAUCAAGCAAUUCCAACACUCCCCAAAGGCAAAAGCAUGUAGUUGUAAGUGUAAACCAAAACCACCAAAGGAAACAACAACAACAUGAUGAGGCAGCAGCAGCAUCAAUGGCAGUGUGUUCGUCAUCUAGGUCGUCAAAGGUGUCACCUGUACAAGGAUAUGUCAAUCAAGGAAGAAAGGUUCCAAAAGAUGCCGUUGGAAUAUCCGGUGAGCUUGAUAGCAUGUUAAACGAUUACCAGAAGCCGAAGGGAAGCAACAAGCUUGUUCGAGCUUCUAGCAAUGUGAUGAUAUAUGGUAACUUAGGUAACCUUGGACAAGGAGGAGGAGGAACAAAUUAUCCUAGUUCAAACAUUCCAAUGGAUAAAGUGGAAAAUGGUGGUGGUAGUAACAAUAAUAGGAAUAAAAAGGUUACUAGGAAUAGUAAAGAAGAAUCAGGUUCACUUUGUAGGGCUGUGUCUACUAGAAUGGACCCUGAACAGUUGAAGAUAAUGGGGAAUGAGGAUUAUAAGAAUGGGAACUUUGCUGAGGCAUUGGCUCUGUAUGAUGCAGCAAUUGCAAUUGAUCCUAAUAAGGCUGCUUAUAGAAGCAAUAAAAGUGCAGCAUUAACAGCUCUUGGAAGGCUUUUGGAGGCUGUGUUUGAAUGUAGAGAAGCCAUUCGGAUUGAUCAGCAUUACCAAAGAGCUCAUCAACGAUUGGGAAACUUGUACUUUAGACUAGGAGACCCAGAAAAGGCAUUGUAUCAUUAUAAACAAGCAGGACCAGAGGCUGAUCCUGAUGAGAUUGCUAAAGUGAAGAUUCUUCAGGUUCAUCUAAACAAGUGCACGGAGGCUCGCAGGGUGGGUGAUUGCAACACACUAAUCACUGAAACUAACAAGGUUAUAUCAUCUGGUGCAGAUUCUGCUCAACAGAUAUUUGCAUUACAAGCAGAAGCACUCUUAAAGCUUCGUAGACAUCAAGAUGCAGAAAAAAUAAUGUCAAAGUGCCCGAAAUUUGAUGUUGAUGAGUGUACUAGGUUCUUUGGACCUAUAUGCAAUGCAAAUUUGUUGGUGACACGUGCCCAAGUCGAUAUAGCAGCUGGGAGAUUUGAAGAUGCUUUAGAAGCAGCACAGAAAGCAGUUAGUUUGGAUCCCAAUAAUAGGGAGGCCAAUAUGGUUAUGAGAAAGGCUCGAGAUGUCAGCGCUGCUCGAUCAAAGGGAAACGAGCUUUUCAAGGCAUCAAGGUUCUCUGAGGCCUGUGCCGCAUAUGGAGAGGGACUUGAACGUGAUCCAUAUAACUCUGUUUUACUAUGCAACAGUGCUGCAUGCAGAUCAAAACUAGGCCAACAUGAGAAAGCUGUGGAAGAUUGCACUCUUGCACUUAACUUGCGCCCAUCUUAUGCCAAGGCUAGGUUGAGAAGAGCUGAUUGCAAUGCCAAGUUGGAAAGGUGGGAAGCUUCCAUACAAGACUAUGAAAUUUUGUUAAAAGAGACACCAGAUGAUGAACAAGUAAAACGGGCAUUGCUGGAGGCCCAAGAAAAGCUAAAGACGCAAAGAGGUGGAUAAAGGAGAUGAAAUAAUAUAUUUGAUUCAUAUAAUUGAGAGAAGAGAAUCAUACAAAGAAAACAGAGGCCUUAUUAUCUGUGUUAGCAAAUUGCAACACAAAGGAUUGGAUGAUCAAUAUGCACUUUAAAACAUUUCCAUCGGAAGUAAAUUGCCCCAUUUGUUUACAAGCUGGAACGAAAUUCCACAGAAAUUCUCAAUGUAUAUUGUAGAACUAGUACUUGAUAUGUGUCUCUUCUCAAUUCCACAGAAAUUCUCGUUGGGAGAUAUAUUGUAUGAUGAUUUUUCUUUGAAGGAAUUCAUCAGUGUACAUUAUUAGAUUUUAUUCUUUAGGGAAUUCA